AUUUGCACACAGGCUCAAGGCAUCUCAGUGUGGUUUUGCUUGCUUGCACCCACUUGCCAGGCAAUGUGUCAGAUGAGGUACUUCCUCCAUGUUCAGCCAUUUCCUGUAAAGUAUACCUCAUAAAAAGACUAGACACCAGUAAGUGCUGCAUAGGGCAUAAGCCAUGGCAAUGGUACUGUUGUGGACCCUGUUGUGGAUAUCAGGAUACUAUCACAGACUUGCAGCUGAGACAGUGUUGGUACAGUACAAAUACUUCCUUUCUGUGGAGGGACAGGGGGUCUCUCUACUAGCCCCUGCUGAGACCAAUGGGACAGAAUUCAUCUGGGAGUGGACAUCACAUGAUGGAAGCUACACAAACACUCCAAUAAUUACUAUACAGUCCGAUGGGACGUUUUCAUGGAAUUUGUGGAAGGCGUCUAUUUCAAAACAAGGGAAGUACGGCAUUUAUCUGGAACCGGAGUUACAAAAUGCAGGAGUUUUUACUUUCAUUCAAACUAAACCAGAGAAAGUAAAAGUGGCCCAGUUUGAAGUGUUCACUGCAGAAGUGAAACCAUCUCGCUGGUCCAGUGUAAAAGAAGGUCCUGAUGUGACCCUGAGCUGUGAAGUAUCACACCUUCCAGAUUCAGCUAUUCUGGACUGGGAAAGGGACAGAGAACCUACUGCUAACACAACGCUGAUCUACAACAACACUGCCCACAUCAUCAUCCACAGUGCUGACCGAUACAGUGAGGGAACAUAUAACUGUACACUCAGAUGGAACAGAGCACUUAUUUUCAGCAUUCCCAGGACACUUCAAGUCUACGAAGGUACAUAUAGCACACAUCACACUCUGUACAGAGGGAGUUUGAACAGCAGUGAGGUGGUGCUGAUCUGCCGUUAUCCAGCCUCAUACAGAACAGCGUAUUGGCAAUGGGAGCCAUCGUCUGGGACAAAUGCAAUCCGUGUGGCCUCAGCUGAUAAAUAUAAGAAUGCUUCGAUUUCCAUGGAGAUAGAUAAAGAGAGAUUCUCAUCUGAGCGCUAUGAUGGAUCUAAUUUCCCUCUGAGAAUCUCACCAGUGAAGUUUGGAGACAGUGGAAGGUACUUCUGUUAUUUUGAACACUGGCUGAUGGCCACAGUAACGCUGGUAACUGUUCAAGUCUCAGCAGUGCCCCCUGGUGGUCUGUCCAGGAAUCAGUCAGUUGUGCUGAACUGUGAGAUAUCACAGGUGAUCCGCUCUGUGACCCUGGCCUGGCUCCGGAUGAAAGGGGGCAGGGGGGAGCUCGUAAAACAGGAGGUCCUGAGUGAUGGGCACCCAAAAAAGAUGCUCAGUCUCACCCUGCCCAUUCUAGAGAGUAGAGACCAGCUGCACUGGGCCUGUGCGGUGUUCACAGAGAGCAUGCUCAGAACACAGGUCCCCCUGCACCUCACACUGCCAGAACCCAUCACUGAACCUGAAGAGCCAAAGCCAGAUAAUGGCAGGGUGCUGGUGAUUGGUUUGGCCUGUACUGCUGCUGUGUGUGUUGGAGUGCUGUUGCUGUUAGGAGGUCUGUUGUUUCGGCGUCUGAAAACAGCAGCGGGUCCGUCCACAUUACCAGCUGAAGGGAACGGUGCAACUGAUGCAGUCUACAGUGACGUCACAGAUCUGCAGCAGGGUCAAGUGGAUGGGAAUGGUGAUUCCAGUGCAGCUGCUGCAGUCUACAGUAACGUCGCAGAGCUGAAGAAAGAUCAAGGAAACCAGGAUUCCCAUAAAGAGGAGAAUGAAAGUGAGGAGCUCCAAUACUUAAUAUUUUCCUUGUCCACUCCCAGUCUGGACCCUCACAGACAACAACGGAGGCAGUUGAACCCCCAGUCUCGUUCUGAACAAGAAGAAAAUGAUAAAGUGGUCUAUGCAAGCGUCUGCACAACGUAAUAUGGACAACUACUCAAUGAUUCAAAUGGAUAAAUGAAAGAAAAUGCCCACAUUUAAAACUUAACAUUUCAAGUCUGUUCAGUGCAACUCAAAUAGAGAUGGAAAAAGACAAUCUGCAGAUAUUUCAAAGAUCUGUUACUACGUAAAUAUGCCACUGUUGCAUUCUUUCUUGCUAAGAAGCUUUUACUAGUAUCUGAUAUUUUGAAUAUUUUGAAUAUUUUGAAUAUUUAGAUUUUGACUGUGAACAACUCAGUUGUAUUCUGGAAAAUCUAAACAUUAACAAGUUUUUUCUGUACUUUUUUUUGCAGUUUUUUGUUUAUUUUUUUGUGUUAAAAAAUGUGUACUUGUUGACUAUUUAAUGUAUGAACAGGAGGGAGUGAUAUUGUUCAAGAAAUAAGCAACAGAACAAAAAAAAAGCAACAUAUUUAUAUAUGGGGUAGCAGUGUCUGCAUAUGGUGGUGUGCUCUUCAGUGUGCUUUUAUCUGUUUUUAAGAAGUAUACUUUUUAUUUUUAAUAAUAAAGCAGCUGUGAAAGGAA